GCCCGACUAGGCGAGCGGGUGGCCCUUGUCCACAACCGCCCGUACUUGGGCGGGAACGCAAGCGUAGAGAUUGGUCUUCGUCCCCGUGGGGUAACGGGGCCACUAAUCGACAAGAUUUCGGAGCGUCACCCGGGCGGAGACUUGUAUGCGAAAAACUUGCUUGACGCUGAGCCUAAUGCUACCGUCUUUCUGGGGCAUACUGUCUACGAUGCUGUGGUUACUGCGGAUUCCCGCAUCGCGUCAGUCGAUGCCCGCGAUGCCCGCAGUGCACGCGAGAUUCGCCUGGCCGCGGCUUCUUUCAUCGACUGCUCGGGGAAAUCGAUUCUAGGAAUGUACUCAGGCGCAGACGCUCUAUGGCCAAGAAUCACAGGCAGAGUACGGCGAGAACCUAGCCCCAGCCCAAGCCGACAACAUGUACCACGGAAACACCCUCUUCUUCCGCACGCCCAUGGCAGACGCACCUAUCUCUUUCCCCACCGUCCCAUGGGCCACUGAAGUCGCCAAAGACUUCUCAGACCUACGCGGGCAGCUCACAAAACCCGGGAUCGAGAACGGCCCUGGUCCAAUGGUCGUUCCUCCAGAUCCCUCGAUCCGGCGGCGCAUGAAGGGACCGCUCACUCAUUUCUGGGAGUACGGGCAGUGGUUGGACCCGUAUGCUCAAGGCGAGCAUAUCCGCGACCAUCUCCUACGCGCUAUCUAUGGUACUUUCUCGAAUAUCAAGAUCAUGGAUCCCGAGAACUAUACCAACCUCGAGCUUGAAUGGGUGGCUUGUGUUCCCGCGCAGGGCGAGUUUUGCAGAUAUAAAGGCGACUACGUUCUCACGGAGACAGACAUCCGCAAUCACAGAAAUUUCCAUGAUGCUGUGGUGCAGAAUGAUGGAGCGUUUUGUCUGCACUACCCAGGGAAUGAUAAGUAUGACUUUCGUCUGAAGUACUGGGAGUGGAACGAGCGUGAUAGGAAGCCAUGUGGCAUUCCCUUUCGCUGCCUGUAUUCAGUCAACGUACCGAACUUGAUAAUGGCGGGUAAGCAUAUAAGCGUUACCCAUGUUGCCGGAUCGAACACGAAGUUCAUGGGGAAUGGUGAGCAACAUGCCAUUGCGACGGCUGCAGCGGCGCAUCUGUGCCGUAAGUAUAGCACCACGCCUCGAGGGGUUUAUGAAGGCCAUUUGCGGGAGCUCGGGGCGAUAACUGCAGCUAUGACGGGGGCUGGUAACUCUAAUUCUAAGCUCUAGUAUGUAAUAGAAAGUAUAGGGCACACUUUAUGAUUCUAUAGCAUUCCAUACCUGAG